AUGAGCAAUCAAGCACUUUAUGAGAAACUCGAACAAACAAGGACRAUACUGUCCGUGAAGCUUGCAGAAUUGAUAAAUAUGACUACAAUAGCUGAUAGAGAUGACGAUGACGAUGACUCGUUUGCACAAGAGAACUCGGAACUCGCGAUAGCCACUGGCAGUGUCAUGAUGGUGAACAACCAGACCAUGCAGCUGAUCAAAAACGUUCAAGAUUUGUUGAGCCUGACUAGAUCGAUAAAGGAAAAAUGGUUACUGAACCAAAUACCUGUGAUGGGCCAUUCGGAGAAGGCACGUUUCGAUGAGAACCAGAUAGAACAGCUAUUGGACAAUUGUAUAAAAUCUUUUAUAGCGGAAGAAACCACAUAA